GUAGACAGAGGAAACGAAAAAUUGUGUGACAUGAAUUUUUCGAUUCUGAAAUCGUUUUGAAAAUGAUAAAAGAUUUAACAAAGUGUCAAAUUUCAAGAUGUCAUGCUCACGACAGUCGGCCGAUCAAAAGAUGUUUUUGGAACGUUUUAAUCAAAAUAAACCAUCGUCAUUGCCCGAUUUUCACAUGUACCAGAAACAACGAAUCAUCGGCAGGGGAGCAUUCAGUUCAGUGUAUUUGUACAAACAUAAAAAGACGGGAAAGUUUUUCGCUUGUAAACGCCUUGACAAAGAGCAUCUUGUGAAACAAAAUAUGGUUGAUCAAAUAUUGACCGAAAAAAAGAUUCUACAGGCGGCGGAUUGUUCGUUUGUUACACAAUUGCUAUUUUCCUGGAAAGAUAACGAUUUCAUUUAUUUCUUCAUGCCAUUCGUUGGUGGCGGUGAUAUGCUCACAUUUUUGAUAAGUCAACGAAAAUUCACGGAAACCGUAUGUCGCUUCUAUUCGUCGCAAUUGUUAAUCGCAAUCGAGUAUUUGCACGCCAUGACUGUGGUUCAUCGCGAUAUCAAACCGGAAAAUGUUUUGAUCGAUGCCAAUGGCUAUAUAAAAUUGGCUGAUUUCGGAAUGGCACGCUGUGCUACGGAACCGCUGUGGACAUUUUGUGGGACGAUGGAGUAUAUGUCGCCUGAAAUGAUACAAAGCAAAGGUUAUGGCAUGUCGACGGACUGGUGGGCAUUCGGAGUUUUUAUCUACGAAAUGGCCUUCGGUCGAACCCCGUUUUAUCCGUAUCGCAUGGAUCAAACACUUCUGUUUGGCAAAGUGCUUCGGGCUCAAUUCGAUUUACCGAAGUCGUUUAGUACGGAUUUAAAAAAUUUACUCGGACGAUUGUUGAUUGUUGACAUUACACGACGCUAUGGAUGCUCCGACCAAAAUUUAAAAGAUAUCAAGGCCCAUAAAUGGUUUAGCCAAAUAAAAUGGAAUGAGAUCGAAAGACAAAGUGUAAAGGCACCUCUAAAACCACUCGUUAAAGAGGCUGGAGACACAUCAAACUUCAGCUUUUACACCGAAGAAAGUAUGCGGAAUUCAGGAGUGUGUCAUUAUGAGAAGGAGUUUUCCGAAUAUUGACUGCAAUGGAUUUUAAUUUAAAAAAAAAAAACAUAAAACAGUUUUUGACCGAUUUGCGCCGC